AUGAAGACUGCCAUCCUUCUUCUCCUGACUCUCUCGGUCAUCGGCUUGGCUGCUCCAGUCGAAGUGAAGCCGAGAGCAGCUUGUACUCCGUGGCGAACCAAGGAGCGCGACGUCGACUGCAUCGGUGCAGAGGAGGAUAACCUCCUUAAAGCAAGAGCUGCUUGUACCCCAUGGCGAACGAAAGAGCGUGAUGUGGACUGUCCUCCGGCGGAGGAGACUGUUUGA